UAGCGAAGAAGACAGAAAUGUUGGGGGGUGUCGCACCCCCGCUAAGUCCUUCCCUGGCGGGGCACUAGUCUUUGUAAUAGUAAAAUCUAUAUCAAGACAUUUCUGUUUGGCACCGUUGUGUUCUUUGGUGUUUGGAGCAGCGGUGGAGGUUGUGAAGGAGCGUUUCGUUUAUGUGUAAAAUUCUAAACACACAAGAAGCGCAGAAAUGUGGCUAUGCUCAAAGGAACAUGUAAACAAUGAAUUGUAUGAUGUCAAAUGCACUUGCAAAUGAUAAAUAGAAUCGCCACAGGACUCGUUAACAUCGUCAAUUAAAUCACUGAGGAGUAACAACUUUGGUGAAUAGGGAAUAAUCUUUGAGCGUUUAACAGCUGUUCUGGUUGUAAUGCAGAAGAAAUGGGGGCUGGAAUAUCAGCAUUUCGCCAUACUAGGGAUCUCCAAAAACGGCAGCAAAACAGCAGCGGAUUUUCGUGUUUCAGUCCUAGUAGGAAUUAUACUACUGAGCAGACACUUGUGAUCGUAUUUUCACAGUGUAUCACAGAUGUAAGCUGGAAGUGUGUGAUUGCGCUGAUCGAGCUGUAUGGAGAGCGUAUGCGACUUCACGCUGCCACCGAUGAUUAUAGUAACAUCAAGAAUAUUGGGGAUAAGAACAUGCUUAAAUAUCUAAACAAACAAUUAUUCGUGCAUAAGGUAGAUUUGCGGGAUGAACCAUCCGUGGAGGAAUUUUACGUGGAAAUUUUAAAAAUGGAGCAAUCAAUUGACGCUCUUGUGAUUCAUAUUGAUCAGAUGUGUGUAAAGCCACUGAAAGACACUGGGUCAAAACUGGUCACUUCAGCUUUUGAAACAAAUUUUUUAGCUCCGUUAAUGCUUAUCAAAAAUAUACUGCCAACAAUGAAGAAGCAGAGAAAAGGUAGAAUUAUAUGCCUUAACACGGUAGCAGGGGUGAUUGGCAUUCCAUUUCACUCGCUAUAUUGCUCAACAAAAUUCGCCAUCGAGGGCCUAAUGGAAUCGAUUGCCGCCGAAUGCAUUGAGCAUUCUAUCACUGCAUCUGUUAUUGAAACAUCUUUGGAUGAAGAACAGAGUCCGUCAAGAGUCAUACUUGAACUGCCAACAGAAUCUCAUUCGUCGCAUGAUGAAGAAAUGAUUUUUGAAUACGAUCAAAUGGACGAAACUGUGUCGAAACUUGAACACGGAUCGCUGUUAAGGUGCUUAAAUGUGCCAAAGAUUUCCAAAACUAUCAAGGAUAUUAUUGAACACAAACAACCAAAGUUUAGGUAUAUUAUCGGCAAAAGUACAGCCAAUAUUACAAAUGAAAAACUAAAGGACCCGAGAGGCAACACAACAAUUAAUGAGGUUGCAAAGUUUUUCAUGAAUGCCGAAAUGGACUAAGAAUAUGAUACAGAGAUAGGUAUUUAAACGAAAGAGCUAGUUUUGGCGGCGACAAGAGAGCGCGUAUCGCUAUAUGUAGUGAUUGCUCCAGUCCGGAGUCAAAACGACGUACAUUUCGUGGGGUGGAGUACUGAACUAUUCCAAUUGUCUACUGCUGAACUACUAGAAAUUCUUAAGACAGAACUCUAGGUCGUUGCAUCAGGAAGGGUAGGGAAGGAAUUUUCACAAGGAAAAUUGAAAGCAACCUAUACGAGUGAGUUUAACAUAACUUUUUAAUUGACCCCCCCCCCCAAAUAAUAGGUUUAGCAGGGCUAACGCCCUGGAAAUCCAUUUUCGGUUACAAUACACCAAAAGUAAGAAUUCAGGAUUAAAAUUUUUAGUUAGACAGUAGUAAAGACAUUGUAUAUAUUUUUGAAAACCCUGUGCCUCAGCAAAAGAAUGGCAAUUGCUCCUUACACAAUAGCCUUUUUAGGAUCAGUGCCUUUUCGUACUUUGGCAAAUCUCAUUGAAACCACGAAAAAACUCCCGUUUUGAUUGUCAGAAUUCUCAGGACUGUGUCCUCUAGUAUCUGCUGAAUUCUCAAGAAACGGUGGCUUAUGUACAAAACGCUCUUAAAUUCAAACAUAGAAAGUAUUUGAUGUACUGUUUUCUUUACAUAUUGUAAAUAUUUUCAGCAUAAACAAUUAGGAUUUUACUCUUUUCUUAAUAUUUCAAUUAAUAAUUGUAAGUAUACUAAUUGCGUGAUAAGAAUAAGAGAAUCAUUUAAUCUGCAGACACACGACUAUGUUGUAGUAACAAUUCUGUUAUUGUGAAUCAGUAGUAAAAUUAUGAGAAACAAAUGAGUUUUUUCAGAUUCA